CGCGUCUUCAUUCCGCCCCUGCCCGUCUCCCCGAGUCCUCUCACCUCUCAGCUGAGACAUGCUCCCUCUCAGGACUCCCGUAUUUGUUAUGUCCACUCGGGCUGACAUCUAACAUGAAACUGGGCCUGCGUUACGCGUCGCGACGGUGUGCUUUAUACCAGAUCGCCUGAGAUCGGUCUACAAUUCGAUGACAAAUCGUUUCAACAUCAUCAGGGAAUCCUCCCCCACAAGUCCACACGUCGUUAUCAACACUGGUGACAUGUUCUUAAUAAGGACGUGCAGCCUGGAAUGCAUGUCGCCAUCGGCUCGUGAAAACAUUCGAAAAUGCUGCUUCGCGUCUGCCACGCGUCCACACUCACCGAACCGGGCGGAGGUUUCCUGAUCUCACUCAGCCACCGACUGUUUACCCAGGGAUCCCAGCAGAACGUGUAUAUAAGAGCCCCUUGCGCUCACCGUUCUCUCAGACCCAUCUCCUCAUCCUCCUCAUCCCCAC